AUGUUUCAGUCGGAUGUUCACUUUUACAUUGGACUGUCUUUGGCUCUGGCAUCAACUAUAUUCAUAGGCUGCAGUUUUAUCGUUAAAAAGAUUGCCUUGCGAAGGUUGGCUGCGACAGGUACGCGAGCAGGCGAUGGUGGUUACCAGUACCUCUGUGACUGGGUUUGGUGGCUGGGGCUUAUCCUCAUGGGGUUGGGAGAGGCAGCCAAUUUCGCGGGAUACACUUUCGCACCCGCUUCUCUCGUAACCCCCAUGGGAGGUCUCUCCGUCCUUGUCUCAGCAGUCUUUAGCUCUCACUUCCUUGGUGAGCGUCUCAAUUUCAUCGGCAAAAUUGGCUGCGUUGUUUGCAUCUGCGGCUCGACUAUGGUUGUCCUUCACGCUCCCAAGGAACAGGAAGUUCAAUCACUCCAUGAACUCAGUAUUAAGGUCAUGGAUCCAGGAUUCCUCACUUAUGCAAUAGCAGUUGCAGUCGCAGGUAUCGUGUCAAUUUUCGUGAUCGCCCCAAAGUUUGGGACUCGCAAUCCUCUUGUCUUUGUCUUCAUUAGUGGCAGUAUUGGAUCGCUCUCAGUUAUGGCGUGCAAAGGAAUCGGCUUGGGGUUUAAGCUGCCAUCCGUCUUUGGUGGAGAAAAACGAACCAGAUACAUUUUAGUUCCUAAGCCUAGCGGUGAAGUAACUGGGGUAUCUUAUGCGCUUGUUCUUCAGGAGGCUAUCGAGUAUGGCAUUCUUGCCAUCCUCCGGCAAUGGAUUUUCUGGUUCUUCCUGAUCGGUCUGGUUUUUUGUCUAACUGUGCAGCUGAACUACCUCAAUCGGGCCCUCGACAUUUUUAAUACCAGCAUUGUCACUCCUCUACUUUAUGUCUUCUUCACGGCCUUCGUGCUGAUCGCAUCGACCAUCCUCUUUAAGGAGGGCUCCUCGCUCUCCCCCACCGACUACAUUGGCAACGCCGUCGGCCUGAUUUGCAUCGUCAGCGGAAUCGUCCUUCUGACGCUCUUCAGAGAUAUGAAUGUGUCACUGGGCGAUCUGGUGAAAGAUUUUAUGGGUCCGGUGCCCACACGCGUAGUGCACCUCAGCAGUGAUCUAUCCUUCAAGCAUCGCUUUUCUCCAACAUGGUGCAAGCGAAAGGGUCGCGGUCUCUCGGAUGAGACGUACACACUGCUGUCGACGUCGAAUGAGUGUAGCGGCAGCAACGAGAGCAGCCAUAACUCCUCGCCCAACCACGACAUGAUAGAGUAUCCAAAGCUGGAACACCACCACCAGGGCGUGCACCAGCGCACUGGCUCUGGCGCCUCCGCCUUUAACUUCGCCUCCGUUGCUGCCACCACCGAAAACUACUCCACUGUCAGCGAGGCGGCCAACAUCAAUCACUCCACCAUCUGGACCUCCAUGUGA